CUUUCAUCAUACUCUUGCUCUUUCAUCCUCAGGAUAUCUACUAUCUGCUCUCUUCUGCUGCUUUCCAUCGUGACAUUUGUUCUUGAGCACCUCUACCUCGCCGGCCCGUGAUUUAAGAUUUCAAAAAACUCUUGCCUGCUUUGCUUAUCUACCACUCACCCACCCCUCUUUCCUCUCUACACUUCUCAACAAAACCACCAUAAUGCCUAGACUCGCAUCUGCCAGGUACGGAAAGGACAAUGUCCGGGUCUACAAGGUCCACCGGGACGAGGCAACCGGCGUGCAGACCGUCACCGAGAUGACUGUGACCUGCCUGCUUGAGGGCGAGAUUGAGACAUCAUACACCAAGGCCGACAACAGCGUGGUGGUGGCCACAGACUCAAUGAAGAACACCAUCUACAUCAAGGCCAAGGAGCACCCCGUCAACCCGCCCGAGCUCUUCGCCAGCAUCCUGGGCCAGCACUUCAUCGACACCUACGCCCACAUCCACACCGCCUAUAUCAAGGUCGUGGUCCACCGCUGGACGCGCAUGGUCGUCGACGGCAAGCCUCAUCCCCACAGCUUCUACCGUGACGGCCAGGAGACCCGCAAUGUCGAGGCCACCGUGAGCCGGUCUAGCGGCAUCGCCCUGCGCAGCGGCAUCGUCGGCCUGACCGUGCUCAAGAGCACGGGGUCGGCUUUCCACGGGUUCGUGCGGGAUGAGUUCACCACCCUGGGCGAGACCUGGGACCGCAUCCUCAGCACCGAUGUCGACUGCGGUUGGUCGUGGAACACCUUCAAGUCGCUCGCUGCUGUUGAGGAGGCCACGCCCAAGUUCGACGACGCCUGGGAGAAGGCCAGGGAGAUCACCAUGAAGACGUUUGCCGAGGACGAGAGCCCCAGUGUGCAGAACACCAUGUACAAGAUGUGCGAGCUCAUCCUGGCCGCCGUGCCGGACGUCGAGCGUGCCGACUACUCGCUGCCGAACAAGCACUACUUUGAGAUUGAUCUCAGCUGGCACAAGGGUCUGAAGAACACCGGCAAGGACGCCGAGGUCUAUGCUCCACAGUCUGGCCCCAACGGUCUCAUCAAGUGCGAAGUUUCUCGAUCGUAAACUCGAGAAGAAGAGGAGGGCCAAGGUGCGGGGCAUUGAUGAGGUGUGGAAUUGCUUAGAGGAAUCAUUCAUAGAGAGAGAGAGACAGAGAGAUAAAGAGAAAUGGAGGGAGGAGGGAGGCAAUUUGGCGCUCUAGUAGUGAUGCAGGCUUGGGCGGGUCAAUUAGAUUAAUGGACCGCGAGGGUCUGGAGGCCUAUGUGUGCGCGCACAGUGGAACGCGCGCAACUUUGCAACAUCGCAUGAUACCUAUUUAGCUUAACAUCAAGAUUUUCUUUGAAAUGAAUACACUUGUACACAU